GCGUCCGCUGAUGAGAAACACCUAGCACUGGUAAAAGAGUGGCGGCGACAGGGAGUUCCCACCUGUUUCGCUCUCAGAGAAAUAAAGGCUUAAGAAAAUCUCAAGGAGGGGCCGAUCGGAGUGUUUCGGACGCGUCUGGAGCCCCACCCUCGGCUAGAGGAAAAGCCCCUUGAGUAAGAAGCAGAGGCUUCAGAAACCGGGAAGAAAAGCGUCUCUCCCCGCGCACCACCUCUCCUGCUGCGCGGCGGGCCCAGCCCGUGCCCCGGCAGCGGCCUUUGGCCCCGCGGAUCCUCCCACUCCGAUCCUCGGGUGUCUCGGUCCGCGACCUGCCCCGGGUCUCCCCAUGGCGGCCGCCCCAGCCACGCGCUCCCAGAGCGCAGCCCUCUGCAGGCAGCUCUUGCUGACCCUCACGAUCUUAAUCUCUGCCUGUGAUGCCUGCAAAAAAGUGACACUGCCUGUUCCCUCCAAACUGGAUGCUGAGAGACUUGUGGGUAGAGUUAACCUGAAGAAAUGCUUUAAGUCUGCAAAUCUAAUUCAUUCAAGUGAUCCUGAUUUCCAAAUUUUAGAAGAUGGAUCAGUCUAUACAACAAAUGCUAUUCUUUUGUCCUCAGAGAAGAGAAAUUUUACCAUAUCACUUUCGAACACUGAGACCCAAGAAGAAAAGAAAAUACUUGUCCUUUUAGAGCAUCAGACAAAGGUACUAAAGCAAAGUGAUUCUAAAGAAACAGUUCUAAGACGGGCCAAGAGAAGAUGGGCUCCAAUUCCUUGUUCAAUGAUGGAGAAUCACUUGGGUCCUUUCCCACUUUUUCUUGAACAGAUUGAAUCUGAUACAGCACAAAACUACACUAUAUACUAUUCUAUAAGAGGACCUGGAGUUGACGAAGAACCCCUGAAUUUAUUUUCUGUAGACAGGGAUACUGGAAAACUGUAUUGUAAUCGUUCUGUAGAUCGUGAGCAGUAUGAAUCUUUUGAGUUAAUUGCCUUGGCAACAACUCCAGAUGGAUAUAGUCUAGAACGUCCACUUAACCUAAUAAUCAAAGUUGAGGAUGAAAAUGAUAAUUUCCCAAUUUUUACAGAAACAACUUACAUUUUCACAAUUGCUGAACAUAGCAGAGUUGGUUCUACCGUGGGGCAGGUGUAUGCAACUGACAAAGAUGAACCCGGCACGCUUCACACGCUCCUGAAGUACUCCAUCCUCGAGCAGUUGCCAGCAUCACCUACCGUAUUUUUUAUGCAUUCAUCUACAGGGGUGAUUACCACAUCAUCACAGCUAGACAGAGAGGUAAUUGAUAAAUACCAAUUGAAAAUAAAGGUACAAGACAUGAAUGGUCAACAUUUCGGGUUGUUCACGACUGCAACUUGCAUCAUUCAAAUUGAAGAUGUGAAUGACCACUUGCCAACCUUUACUCGUACUUCCUAUGAGACAUCAGUAGAAGAAAAUCAAGUUGAUGUGGAAAUCUUACGUGUUAGCGUUGAGGAUAAGGAUUUAUUUAAUACUUCCAACUGGAGAGCUAAUUAUACCAUUUUAAAAGGCAAUGAAAAUGGAAACUUUAAAAUUGUAACGGACCCCAAAACCAAUGAAGGAGUUCUAUAUGUGGUUAAGCCGCUGAAUUAUGAAGAAAGACGACAGCUGACCCUGCAAAUUGGUGUUGUUAAUGAAGCGCCGUAUUUCAGAGAUAUUACUUCAAGAUCAGCCAUGAGCACGGCUACAGUUAUUGUUAAUGUAAAAGAUCAGGAUGAGGGCCCUGAGUGUACCCCUCCAGUGCAAAUUGUUCGAAUUCAAGAAAGUGCACCAGUGGGAACAAAGAGCAGUGGAUAUAAAGCGUAUGACCCAGAAACAAAAAGUAGCAGUGGCAUAAGGUAUAAGAAAUUAAAUGAUCCAAAAGGGUGGAUCACUGUUGAUGAAUACACAGGAUCAAUCACAACUUUCAGAAGCUUGGAUAGAGAGGCAGAGUCCAUCACCAAUGGUAUAUAUAAUGUUACGAUCCUUGCAUCAGACAUAGGUGGGAGAACAUGUACUGGGACACUGGGAAUCAUACUUGAAGAUGUGAAUGAUAAUGGCCCGUUAAUACCGAAACAGACAGUGGUGAUCUGCAAAACCGUCAUGUCCUCUGCGGUACUUGUUGCUUUCGAUCCCGAUGACCCUAUAAAUGGCCCACCCUUUAGCUUCAGUUUGGAGGGUGAUUCUGACUCAAAUAUACACACAAUGUGGAGACUGACAGCAAUCAAUGAUACAGCAGCACGUCUUUUGUAUCAAAAUGAUCCUCCAUUUGGACCAUAUAUUGUACCAGUCAGAGUUACAGACAAACAUGGCUUGUCACACGUCACAUCAUUAGAUGUUAUAAUUUGUGACUGUGUUACUGAAAAUGACUGCACGCUUCGCGUGGUUCCAGCGGCUGGUAAAGCGGAAAUGAAACUUGGACCAUGGGCCAUCCUUGCAAUACUUUUGGGCAUAGCCUUGUUAUGUUGUAUCCUAUUUACCUUAGUCUGUACGACUUCCGGGGCAGCCAAAAAGCAAAAAGAACUUCCUGAGGAUUUGGCUCAGCAGAACCUCAUUAUUUCAAACACGGAAGCUCCUGGAGAUGACAAAGUGUGUUAUGCAAAUGGCUUCACAACAAAUGCUGUGUGCAGUUCCAAUCAGGGUGUUUGUGGCACCAUGGGAUCAGGAGUGAAAAAUGGAGGGCAGGAGAUCAUUGAAAUGGUGAAAGAAGGACACCAGACCUUGGAAUCAUGCCAGGGGGCUGGACAUCAUCACACACUGGAGUCCUGUAAGGGAGGUGGACAGCGCCCCCUGGAUCCCUGCAGGGGAGGAUACGUGGAGACAGACAGCUACAGACACGCAUACUCCGAGUGGCGUAAUUUCACUCAGCCCCGCCUUGGUGAAAAGGUGCAGUUGUGUAAUCAGGGCGACAAUCAUAAACAUGCUGAAGACUACAUCCUUAAGUACAACUAUGAAGGAAAAGGAUCCAUGGCUGGUUCUGUAGGCUGUUGCAGUGAACGGCAAGAAGAAGAUGGGCUUGAAUUUUUGGAUCAUUUGGAACCCAAAUUUAGGACACUAGCAGAAGUGUGUGUAAAGAGAUGAGCGCAUCGUAAUAAGUCUACAAAAGCCAGUGGCCUUAUCACCUUUUCCCUUUUUUAAAAAAAUUAAAUGUCAUUAAAAAAAAAAAGAAGACACUGUGCUUUGGACUACCCCCUUGUUUUGAUGGGAUAUCUUUAAGGAAAUGCACAUUUACUGAGAAAUGCUAUCAAUAAGUGCACAGAUUUCCCAAUUCUUAAUGUACUUUUCAAUUACUUGUAUUCCACCCAAGGAGACCUACAGAAACAGAAAUGUUAAGGAAGUCUGCAUUAUUGUUUACAUUUGGGUUUGAUGACAACAACCCAUCUGUAGUGCAAUCAAAUAUAACAAGUCUGUAUCAUAGACUACUUAAAGUAUAACCUAAUAGAAAAUUAUCUUGCUUUAAUGUGAUCUCCAACUCCUUAGUGAAUUAAUUAAUUGUUUGUGAGGUGCUUGAAGUCUGUUCUCUAAGUGUUCUUGGUACUGUUUUAUUCUUAUAACAUGACCUUUCUUCAUAAUGCAAAGGGAGAUUCCCAGCCAGGCACUGUUAGAACAAUUCCAUUUUGGUGGAGUUGCAUUUCUAGGUUGUGCUCUAUAUAAAACCUUGCACUGAAUCUACAUUUCCUCUGUUACCCACCUUGUCAGAAAAAUUUAAGCUCAAAAAAAUGCUUUAAGAAUGUAUUUUUAAUCCUGCAAAGAUUUAGUCUCUUUCUUUCUCCCUUCCUCACUCCCUCCCUUCCUUCCUCCUUCCUCCUCCCUUUCUUUCUCUCCGUUUCCCACUCUCCUGUUCAUUUCUCCCCCCGGCAUUCUCUCCCCUUUGUUUUUGAGUAUGUUUACUGGGGUUGGAAAAUCUAAAUUUUUUUAAAGCCAUCUUUUUUAUUCUUCUCUUAUAAAGUGAUUUAUUCUGUUUCUGUUUUAUGUGAAGGCAUAUAUUCUUGGUUUCCCUUAAAAAUCAAUGUAAUGUUGACUUCAUUGUUUCAAAUAUCUUGGUGUUUGCUCCAUUACCUAUUUAACAAAGAACCUUUAAUGUUGCCUUUGAAAUUGUGGAAAUGUGUGAUUUUUUUAAAUUAAAUGCAACUUUCUAUGUUAACAAAAGGAAUAGUGAAAUUAAAAUUGGGAUGUGGCUAUUUUGUAUAUAAUAGAAUAUUUAUAGUUCAUAUCUUUAAUGCAAGGAUAUAGUUUAUAAAUGCAACAUAGUGAUGAUUUUUAAAAUAAAUUUCGAAAGACAGGGAUUGUGAAAGCUCUCUAAAACAGCU